AUGGCGAGCCCUCUAAAUACAGAUGCUGGCUCAGAGCUGUUCAGUGGCUACGAAGCCGAGCUGAAAUUGAUACAGGCAGACCUGAACCAGAAGCUCGAUCAGAUAGCGGAAGCCACGGGAGAGGAAAGGAAGUCAGCCAUCAGACAAGCGGAGAGAGCUUUGGAUGAGGCCAUGGAACUGCUAGAUCAAAUGCGUAUAGAGAAAGAGAAUAUCCCCUCAGCAGCGCGCUCGAAAGUGAACACCCGUUUCCGCAACUUUGUAACAGACAUCGACGACAUUAAACGCACACUUAAAUCCCUCUCUGAUGACCGCAGAGCUCUAUUUGGCGAUAGAUAUACGGACGACCCCAACGGCGUAAACGACCACCAUCUAGAGCAGAGACAGCAACUCCUAUCCGGAACUGAACGUCUCGAACGGAGUUCUGCUCGCCUGAGGGAUAGUCAGAGAAUAGCACAGGAAACGGAGGAUAUCGGACGGAAUACCUUGGCCGAUCUAUACGUCCAGCGCCAGACUAUCGAACACACCAGAGCUGGCUUGCUGGAAAGCGAAGGCUACGUGGAUCGGAGUGUCAAGACGCUGAGGGGGAUGGCUCGUAGGAUGGCUACGAAUCGGGUGAUUACCAUCGCCAUAAUAACCGUGUUGGUCCUUCUUAUCAUUGCUGUUGUAUAUAGCAAGUUCCGCUAA